GCCGAGCCUCCGAGAAGGCAGCACGUGGGCCGCUCCGGCUCGGCUGGUGGCUUUUGAAAGAUGUGCUGUGAGACAAAUAGGAGGUUCUUGCUGCUUUAUGCAUCCCAGAAGGGCCAAGCGAAAGCCAUAGCCGAAGAGAUGUGCCAGCAAGCCAAGGACCAUGGAUUUGAAGCUGAUGUUCACUGCGUCAGUGAGUCUGACAAGUAUAACUUAAACGGAGAAAAGGACCCUGUGGUUAUCGUCACUUCCACAACAGGCGAUGGAGAACCGCCAGACACGGCGCUCAAGUUCGUUAAGGAAAUUAAUGACAAGACCCUGCCACGGAAUCACUUUUCCCAUUUACGAUAUGGAUUGCUCGGUCUGGGAGAUUCAGAAUACACGUACUUCUGCAAUGGAGGAAAGCUAAUAGACAAACGGCUUCAGGAACUCGGAGCGCAGAGAUUUUAUGAUGUGGGGCUAGCAGAUGACGCCGUAGGUUUGGAACUGGUAGUAGACCCAUGGAUUGCUGGACUUUGGGCUGCCCUCGGUCAAGAAUUUGUGUCAAGGAAAGAAGACCCAAGCCACUGUGACAAACCUGCGUCUCUUAGGUCAAGCAUAGACUACAAAAUAGAGCAUUUGAAACUAGAAGAUUUGGCAGUGACAAAUGGUGUUUUAUCUAAAAAUGGAGGAAAGGUUCACUCAGUGCCUUCUAGUCAAGACUCUCAGCCUUCCCUUUCUCAGUCGGUGCCUCCGCUUUCACAGUCUGCUCUUAAUAUUCCUGCUUUGCCACCAGAAUACAUAGAAGUGGAAUUUCAGGAAAGCUUCAACCAGUUCUCCCAUGCUUGUUUGCAGGAGGUCUGCCCGUCUCUGAUUCCAGAGAGUCCCCUUUUCCAAGUUCCGGUAUCCAGGGCUGUUCAACUGACAAAGGACGAUGCAGUGAAAACAACUUUGCUGUUAGAACUUGAUAUUUCUGAGACGACUUUCAGCUACCAGCCUGGCGAUGCUUUUAAUGUGAUUUGCCCCAACUAUGCCUGUGAGGUGGAUAAGCUGCUUUGCUUUCUGGGACUGCUGGAAAAGAAAGAGCAUCUUGUCUGCUUGAAGGUUAAGCCCGGCACUAAGAAGAGAGGAGCGGUUGUGCCGCAGUAUAUACCUGAAAAUAGUUCUGUGAAUUUCAUUCUGACGUGCUGUCUGGAAAUAAGAACGGUUGCCAAAAAGGCGCUUUUACGCUCCCUAGUAGAGUAUACAGCUGAUGCUGGAGAAAAAAGGCGGCUUCAAGAGCUGUGUAGCAAACAAGGGGCGUCGGACUACAAUGCUUUUGUCCGAGAUGCCAGUGUCUGCCUUCUGGAUCUGCUCUCUGCUUUCCCAUCCUGCAAGCCCCCAUUUAGCCUGUUGAUUGAGCACCUUCCUAAAUUACAAGCCAGACCCUACUCUGCUGCAAGCUCCAGUUUGUUUCAGCCUGGAAAGAUGAGUUUCGUCUUUAAUAUUCUGGAGUUUCCAUCUCCUCAAGGUGAAUGGCGAAGAGGCGUCUGUACUGGCUGGCUGGCUGAGCAUGCUGCUCCACUGCUUCAGUCGAGCACAAAGGGCCAGGGGCCCUUCAGACCAAAGAUCUCCAUAUCUUCUCGGCUGGCCAACGCUUUUCACUUGCCAGAUGAUCCCUCAAUUCCCUUUAUCAUGGUGGGUCCAGGAACUGGAAUUGCUCCAUUUGUGGGCUUCCUACAACAUCGAGAGAAGCUCCAAGAAGACCACAAAGAGUGGACUUUCGGAGAGACGUGGCUCUUUUUUGGCUGCCGCUCGAAGGCCAAAGAUUACUUGUUCCAAGAUGAACUCCAGCGCUUGGUUGAGAAUGGGAGUUUGACUCAUCUGAAAGUUUGUUUCUCCAGAGACCCUCCAGCCGUGGCAGAGGCAGCUGCUCCUAAAUACGUGCAAGAUCACCUUCGACUUUGUUCUAAAGACGUUACCAGGAUUCUGCUAGAGGAGAGAGGAUAUUUUUACGUGUGUGGAGAUGCAAAGAACAUGGCAAAAGAUGUGAACGAUACUUUAGUGGAUAUCUUAAUGACUGAGAGAGGAGCUGAUAAACUGGGAGCACUGAAAAUACUGGCUACGUUAAGAGAUGAGAAAAGAUACUUGCAGGAUAUCUGGGCCUAAGAACCACCUUUAUGUUCACACCAGUUUGGCAUUGUUGUUAUGUGGGCAGGUGGCAUCUGAUCUUCAGUUACAGCUUUGUCAACUUCACCUCCAUCCUUUAAACCGCAACUUUUAACAUUUAUAUUCUGACACUUAAAUUUGUCUCUCAUCAGCUUCUGGAUCCCCGUCUUAUCCCAGUUAAGUAUAUUCAUGCCCAUGCAGUCAUUUCAGAUAAGAGUUUGCAGAAUGGUGUUUCUUAAUAAAGAAAUCUUA